UUACAAGCCAUCGUUAUGGUCUAUUUAACAACAUACCCCAGCACUUUAUUAGUAUUGGCCCAAACAACCGACCAGUACAAUGCAAACAAAUUAAGUAAUAUUGAGGGUAUAGACAACGUAACGACAAGUGAGCCUUUGGACCCAACGUUUUCUUUGAGUACCACCGUCGAGAAAAGUUCUUCAACCGAAUCGAGCACAUCGACGUCUUUGGGGCCCAUUAAUACUGCCUUACCAGCCGACUGUUCGCAACGGGAGAAGAACAGAGCACAGCCAGUAGCAAAGACUUCUUCACGCCUUCGAAAAUGCUGUCCGCUUGGGGAAAACCUGGACAUCUAUCGGGAAAAUCAAAGUGAUUCGAUGUGCGACAAUGGCAUACUAAAGUUUGAACCGACUGUAAUAAGCGCAGUUCUGUUUGAUAAUUGCAUUGAAGAUCUGGAAAUUGAAACGAUUCUUGACUAUGAUAUUGGAAACCCAUGUAACAGCUCCUUUCAAUAUGACGAUGAAGAGGAUGUUUUCUUUGUGCUACAAGAUGGAUCGCUGUUGAUUAUCGAUCAUGACAACGAAUCCUACACCGUCGAAGAAAACUACUGCCUGGAUAUUGACAAGACGGGACAUUUAUUUGCCUUCACGUGCAUCACUCAAGUCGAAGAACAAAUUGCAUUUGCAAAAGUGGUAAUGGUGGCGGUCCUAAUGCUAAUAUCCAUGCCCUGUCUGCUCCUAGUCAGCUAUUUGCAUUUGACCCUUCGUUUGCUGCGGAACUUGCACGGUCUCUGCCUGAGUUUGAUGUCUCUGUGCUUGGCCUCGGGCUACUUUGUGCACUCUGUUGUGCACAUCUACGGGAUUCCGUACACCGGAUUCAUUGGCUACGUUAUACAGUUCUUCAUACUAAGCUAUUUCUUUUGGUACUUCUGCGUAUGCUUCAACGUACUCUUCAACGUGUGGUACAAGCUGCCCUGCUGCAUACAACUGAGCAAGACGUGGGCUACCAUUAAUUUCGUGUGCUAUUGUUUGAUUGCCUUCACGGGACCGGCUACUUUGGUUACGCUUACGGUGCAGAAGGGAUUGCCGGGAAUGCCAUCGUACUUUCUGCAAGGCCUUACGGAAUCUAUCCGAGAAUCACAGCGCUACUUCAUACCUCCUGUAUCCACAAUUCUAAUUUGUAGUUUUUUGGUUAACGUAAUAUCGUUCUUCGGCUUUCAACGCAUUAAUGGCUAUACAAAGGCAGAGAAGAAUGACCAUGCUGGACCAACUGAUGUCAUAUUCGAUCAGCAAAAAUACGAAGAUGUGAAAAAGGAUGCGAAAUGCGUUUGUCUACUGGGCAUCAUUAUGAUAGUAAGCUGGCUACUGGAAAUAAUCACAUUUUACUCGGGAUCCAACUCCAAGUACCUCGUUCUCUGCGAUAUGGUGAAUGGCCUGCAGGGAGUGUGGGUUUUGCUCAUUUUUCUUGUGGUCCGCAGACGUCGCACAAUCAUUUUGCGCUGGUGGUACGAUCGCGGCUCUCAUAAGAUCGAAGGUACAGAGCUGGAGGAGCUCGAUAAAAGUGGGAAUCAUAUAUAGUAGUUGUAGUUGUAGUGCCCCGUAUGCCCUCUUGUAUAAUAAUAGAAAAAUAAACAUAGUUACCAUAAUUUUAUAAUAU